AUGGGUGUCGGACGUCGCAUGAAGAAGCAGGGCCCUCCCGAACCCCUGUCGGAGGCUCACUACGCAAAGUUGAAGCGCAAGGCCGGUAUUCCUGUCGAAGCCGUCGAGGCCCCCGAGACGAAGAAGAGGAGGACGACGAAGCCCGCGCCCAAGGCCAAUGGCGCGAAGACCAAGGAGGUGAAGAGGGGCAAGGUGGCGGUUCCCGGCGAAAUGGCGCCCAAGGUCACCAAGAAGAAGUCAAAGAAGCAGGCCCAGCCCGACUCGGACGAGGAGAUGUCUGACGACGACGACCUUGGCGACUUCAACGCUGCCGGCUCCGACAUGAGCGACGAGGCCGACGAAUUCUCCGACCUGGACGCGGAAAAGCUCGGCGACGACUUCAUCGAUGGAUCGGACGACGAUUCCGUCGUUGACUCCGACGAGGAGCGCGGCGGCGGCGGAAAGCACAUGUUCUCGGAGGACGAAGAGGACUCGGACGGCGAGGAGCAGCUCACAAAGGCCAACAUUGAGGGUCUCGCGAGGCGGCUUGACAAGCAGCUUGCCGAGGAGGCGGAGGAUGCGGAGGCCGAACUGCAGGAGAUGGGUCUGCAGACAAACAUCGACGGCGACAAGCCGCAUAUCCUGGACGAUGAGGACGAUGAGCUCGUCUCCAAGACUAAGACCAUGCUUGCCCCGGAUCUGCAGCUUCUGAGAACCAGAAUCACCGAGAACAUCAGAGUGCUCGACGACUUCGCCAACCUGCACGAGGAGGGCCGCUCGCGCGCCGAGUACACCUCCCAGCUCAUCAAGGAUAUUUGCGCGUACUACGGCUACUCCGAGUACCUCGCCGAGAAGCUGUUCAACCUGUUCUCGCCCCGUGAGGCCUUCGCCUUCUUCGAGGCUAACGAGUCUGCCCGUCCCGUCGUCCUCAGGACAAACACCCUGCGCACCCAUCGUCGCGAUCUCGCCCAGGCCCUCAUCGGCCGUGGCGUCACCCUAGAGCCCGUCGGCAAGUGGUCCAAGGUCGGUCUGCAAGUCUUCGAGUCCAACGUUCCCCUCGGUGCCACCCCCGAGUACCUCGCCGGUCACUACAUCCUGCAAGCCGCCUCUUCGUUCCUCCCCGUCAUGGCCCUCGAGCCUCAGGAGAACGAGCGCUGUCUGGAUAUGGCCGCUGCUCCCGGUGGUAAGACGACGCACAUGGCCGCGAUGAUGAAGAACACCGGUGUCAUCGUCGCCAACGAUCCCAGCAAGCAGCGUGCCAAGGGUCUGAUCGGUAACAUCCACCGUCUGGGUGCGCGCAACGUCGUCGUCUCCAACUACGACGCCAGAGAGUUCCCCAAGCCCAUGGGUGGUUUCGACCGUGUGUUGCUCGAUGCGCCUUGCUCUGGUACUGGUGUUAUCGCCAAGGAUGCCAGCGUCAAGACCAACAAGACUGAGAGGGAUUUCAUGCUGCUGCCGCACACGCAGAAGCAGCUUAUCCUGGCCGCUAUUGACUCUGUCAACCACCACAGCAAGACUGGCGGUUACAUCGUCUACUCUACCUGUUCCGUGACGGUCGAGGAGAACGAGGCCGUCGUUCAAUACGCUCUCUCCCGCCGCCCCAACGUCAAGCUCGUCGACACCAACCUCCCCUUCGGACGCGAGGGCUUCACCAGCUUCAUGGGCAAGAAGUUCGACCCCUCCCUGAAGCUCACCCGCCGCUACUACCCGCACACCUAUAACGUCGACGGCUUCUUCGUCGCAAAGUUCCAGAAGAUCGGCCCCACGCCUGACAAGGCCGCCUCCCGCGACAGGUCCGGCCCCGUCGCCGGCGAGCCCGUCGACAAGACGCCCAUCACCACCGACGACGAGAGCGGCGCCGACGGCAAGAAGGACGACUUUGGCGGCUUCGACGAGGAGGAGGACACCGAGUACAUCGACAAGGCCAAGCGUAACGCCAUGCGCAGGAGAGGUCUCGACCCCAACGCCCUGUCCAAGGAGAAGAAGGGCGGCAAGAAGGAGGAGACAAAGAAGACGGAGACCGCCGAGUCUUCCGAGGCCGAGGUUGAGAAGCCCGCUGAGAAGACGCCCGAGAAGGAGAAGAGCAAGAAGAAGGCGGAGAAGAAGACCGAGGAGAAGACGGAAGAGAAGCCCACGACAACAGAAAAGAGCCCCAAGGCCAAGAGUCCCAAGCAAAAGAAGGACAAGAAGGGCGGAAAAUAA